AUGUCUACAAGCACAAAUUAUUUGUCAACGCUUCUCUUCAUAGUUGAAGCUACAGACAACGCGAGAGCUGGUUUUGAGAUUCUAUCAGUUAAACAGAGUUUCAGUGUUGUUGUUUUUCCGUCGUGCUUAUUGUUUGAUCUCGUUUGUCACUCUUCUUUCAAGUCAUGUGAUAAUCAUCGAAUGGCUGAAAGUUUAAAGAACCUACCUGUUUAUAAAAAGGACAGUUUUACCAAUUUCGUCCCCAGUUCACAAAAUACUCAAUCCCGUAUUACAUACGUGUGUACUUCCAAAUGUAAUCGAUCAUGGACUAUUAAUUCUGGUCGUCCUAUGCUUUAUGAUCUAAGUCUUGAUACGAAGAGAGAACAAUACAUAUUGUCACAAACAAGAAAGGAUGAUACUGACUCCCCACCAAACAAAAUGCCUCGUUUAAGCGCAUUGUGA